GUCAAAACCCUGAAUAGUAUUUGGGACUGGUUACUUUUUUUUUUUUUUUUUUAAAUAAUAUUACAUUUAUUAAUAUGAUCGUUUAAAGUUAGUGUUGCUCGUUAUCAAGACUCGUUUGAUAAAAGCUCGUUUACAUUGAUAUUGCUUGGCUCGGCUUGGCUCGAUCUUGAAUUUAAACAAGCUACUCGUGAGCUAAGCUCGAACAAUGAAAACUUAAACGAGCAAAGCUCAAACAGGGAAAUAAAGGUUCGGUUAAGCUCGACUUGAGCUCGAGCUCGAAAAUUUCUUAUUAAGCGUAGUUCGAACCACCAAAUACUCGCCUUGCCUCGCCUCGCCUCGGCGCCCUCCAAACGACAAACUACAUUUAAAAAUAAAAAUUGAAAAAGUUGAAACUCCGCCAUUGAUGUACUUGAGCAGCUUCCUCCCCCUUCGAAUCACUAAUAUUUCUAAAAUAUUUUUGUUUGCUUGUUACCCUAAAGUAUUUGAUAUUUUAUUUGUUUUCAUCCUCAAUUUUCUUUAUAUACCAGUCUUAAAUCAUUUAGCUUUGUGACUUUUUUCAUAAUUUGCUAAAUUAGUUAUAUAAAUUGAUUCCCCUCAAAAAAAAAAGUUAUAUAAAUUUAUUAAUCUUUGGGGUUUGGGCCAUCGAAUUUUCAUGCCCACCAACUGUUUGAUGAAAUUCCAAAGUGGGUUGUGAUUUUUGGUUAGUAAUUAAACAUGAAAUUGAGUUUGCAGGGUUGUUAUUGGGUUUGUAGGGGCUAGAGAUGGGGAGCAAGCCAGAAAAGAAGAUUAAAAAACAAAGUCGGGAGCUCGUUGAAUAGGGUAUAUUGUUCAAUUUACUUGUGUUUUUACAACUGAAGCUCUUUCUUCAAGAACUGCAUAAUUGGAGGUUGCAAUUUGAUCUUGUUAAUUUUGCAUAUAACCCUUUGUUUUUAUAUAGUUUUGAUAAUCUUUAAGUAUUAAAUAGGUCUAUUCUGUUAGCAUGGUUUAUGAACGGACUAGAAAUUUGGUUAUAUCUGUGUGCAAAGCAGAUUGUGGCAGCUUAUAUGCAUUGCUUGUGCUGAUUUGAAUGUGUCUUCAUGUUUUCUUAAUUUAAAUUCAGGGAGGAGUGACUACUUGCCAUAGGGAUAGUUCUUAAACUGCUUGUUCCCAUGGGAAAAGCAGGAGAGAGGAAGAGUGUUCUAUUUUUCUCAUUGAAGGGGAGUAAGAUGGUGGAAAUGUGUUGAAUAUUGAGUAGUAUGGGGGAUGAAUCACAGGAAACUAGGAGUAUACUGAUUUCAUAAUUUUAGAUUAGAAGGGAUAGUGCUAUAAAAGGUACGACAUGGUAUAGAUCUUCAAUUUCUUUUGUCCAGCCAUUACCAUAAACCCUGUAAUUAGUAUAAUACUUAUUGCACUUGAUGAGAAGUUGUGAUGAAUCUGAUCCUUGACUGUUAAAUUUAAGCAUUAAGAGCAGAGCCACAAGGCCAUAAUCCUACAUUCUUCUCACUAGCUAACAACUACCAUCAUUUGAUCGCCCCCCGCCCCCUCAGUGCAGUGCUCACUCAGACACUCAUACAUUAACAAUGGGUUGUUAUAAUCAUAAAUAUAACAGAUUUACAACAUUGGGAAAUAUCAGAAAAAGGCAUGUUUAUACUAGGCAUAGUAGCUGUGAAUCAGAUACAUGUUUUUCAUACUAGCCUCUCCUUGGAUGAUGCCUUGGGUUUAAUGUACAAAUUGUCAUUUUCAAGAUAUCCAACUCGUUAAUCAGAACAUUGAUUAUCUUUGAUGCUUGUUAAAGUUCAAGCUGUUAUUGUAUUUACUGCUUUUUAGUGAUCUGCAAGGCAUUUUUGCGUUUGAUUUUCUCAAAUGAAUAAGACAAUCUCGUCCAUUUUUUUGCAGACUGUAAUCUGAUUAACUUAAUUCAACACUUUGCCAAAUCUUUAUUUUUAACAUGGAAUUGUAGCUUGCUAUAUUGUGUUGAGGUGAGUUCCAUUUUCCUGGUUAUUUUCAUGAUCUUACAUCACACAUGCUUUUUAUGUUUACUCCGUAACUGCUCCUUUUCCCCUAUUAUAUAUUUUACUAAAAAGUGAGGAGCAGGGGGAUAAUAUUAUAACUUUGUAUAUUUUGAUAUUACAAGUCAAAAAAAGGAUGCCAUGGCAAAUUGCCCAGAAAUAGCAGUGGAAAUUGACAUGAUGGUAUUAGUUACACUUACUGGCCCCACCUAUCUGACAUUCUGACCAUGUUAAGGACUUGAAAUAUGAGCACAGCGGAAAGUAAAUCACUAGCUAGUCAUUCCUUCUUUGCUUGCUUCUUCCUUUGAAAAUACUCUACGAUGGCCACUGGCAUGGUACUCACUGUUGCUCAGACACUACUUUCUGCACUGCAAACUAAGGAGUUGAGAGAACUUUGCUCCUUGUUUGACCAUGAAUCCCAGCUUGCAGACCUCGAGCGCACUGUUGAAACCAUCACACUGCGUACUCUCCUCUGUCCAUGUUUAUUUCUUGAUCAAGUAUCUUGGCAACCAAAUGUUGCCAUCAUACUGGAAAAUUGCAGGCGUUUACGAGUGUUGGACUUGAAUGGGCUUCACAUAAGUGCUUUACGCAAUACAUUAAACAAUCUGUCACAUUUAAGGUAUCUUGAUCUCUCUUUCAAUUUUGACUUGAAGAGGCUUCCUAAAUCUAUUUCCAAGCUCUAUAAUUUGCAAGUAUUAAAGUUAGAAGGUUGUGCUAGACUAGAGGAAUUGCCGGAGGACUUGAGAGAAUUAGUUAAUCUUAGGCACCUGGAUAUAACUAACUGUUAUUUAUUGACUCAUAUGCCUGCAGGAAUGGGUAGUUUAAUUAGUCUUAGGACACUGUCAAUGUUUAUUUUGGGUGGAGGAAGUUCUGAUCAAGUGCAGAUAGAUCAGCUUAGAGAACUGAUGCCUCUAAAUAACCUUAGAGGUAAACUUAAAAUUAUAUUUAGAGAGGGUUAUUCGUACAAUGCAACAAAUGCUGAUGAGGGAUCAUCUUUGUUAAGCAAGAAACACAUCAAAGCCUUAGUAAUAGAGGAGGAUGAAGCUAAUUACAGAAUACCAAUUAUACUUGAUGAAAGAUUACUGGAAUUCCUCCAACCCCACCAUGAUCUUAGACUGAUUAAGAUUUUUGGAUAUAUAAGCAUCCGAUUGCCAGAUUGGGCUGCAGCAAUUGCGGCCAAUUUACCACUACUUGUUAGAAUCUGUCUGAAGCAUUUUGAAGGGUUGCAACAUCUGCCGCAGCUGAGCCAACUCCGACAUCUCAAAUUUCUUCAACUCGAGGGCAUGCCCAAUGUGGAUUACAUGGAGUAUGAUAAGGGUACUAUUCCUUUUUUUCCUUCACUUGAGGAGCUUAGUCUGGGGAAGUUUCCAAAGUUAAAGGGAUGGUGGAGACUAGAAGUAGGGGAGGAAAGGGAAGCUGUCAUCCCUGUAUUCUCUCGACUACAUUAUUUGACGAUCUUUAAUUGCCCAAAUUUGACAUAUUUUCCUGGAAUUCCACACGUGAAAGAAGUGAGUCUGACGAAAUUUAAUGAAGCACUGACAUUUUGCAAAGCAAGUCCAACCCCUACUGAUCAUGCAUCUUCCUCUUCUGAUAUUGGUUACGACAAUAAAGUUGGUGAUGAAGUUAUUUCUUUGAAUACUUUAGAUAUAGACAAUGUGGGGUCAGUGAAUUAUGUUUUUGGGGAGUCUUCAGAAAGUAUUAGAUCUCUCAAAUUAAUCUUAUCUGAGGUGGAGAGUCUGUCCAGCUUUGCAGAGAGUUACGUAAGGCUUGCAUUGUCUAUUGAAAAGCUAGAAUUUAAGUAUUGCUUGAACCUAAAGAGUCUGCUGGGAGGAGGAUUAGAGCAUAUGGUCAACUUGCAGAGUCUCGUUAUUAAAGAGUGUUGUAACCUGGAAUUGGAAGAAGAUGAAGAUGGGAUGCCAUGGAAAGCCUUUCAUAAACUCAUUCACUUUGAUUUAUGAGUUCUUCCAAGGGUUGUAAAACUGUCAAAGGGGAUUCAAUACUUGUCUUGUCUUGAAUUUCUAAACAUUCACAAUCUCGAAAACUUAGAACAACUUCCAGAAUGGCUCCAUCAACUCACGUCUUUAAGAACACUAUGUAUGAGUCUUUGCCCUAAAGUGAGGUCGUUGCCAGAAUCAAUAAGCCGCAUCCCUUCCCUCACAUCUCUUUCCAUAUCAAAUUGUGAUGGGUUGAGGUAAAGAUGCCAUCAACCAGACGGAGAAGACUGGCCCAAAAUAUGCCAUGUCCCAAAUUUAAAGGUUGAUUCUGUCUGACUCCACUGCUUCCAGAGUUCCAGCUCAUAGCAUCAGGACUUUGAUAUCAAAAAACUGAAGAAUGUCUUUCAUCUAGACCCUGCUUGAUCUGAAGACAGGCUGCUGUUGUUUCCUCCUGCAUGCAGUAUUCAGUUGUUCAUGUCUGUGUACGUAGCUUCCUUAAACGACAAAUAUGUACCAUAUUUUGGUUACAGCAACGACAGUACAAGCACAAAUGCCUUCAUUGUAGACUUGUAAAGUGGACAGUUGAAAAUGAGCAGGAGAUGAUUUUCAAUAGGAGGAUCAGUAGAUGCUUACAAGUUCAAAAAUGUUCGGUUUUUGGACUUAAAUCACUCCAUGAGAGACGAGAUAGAGGGAUUCGAUCUUGUAUAAAAAAUGUUCUUGUAUUUAUAUGUCUAUUGAACUAGUCUUUCUCAUAAACUUUUGUGUAAGACUGUCUAACGGUUAGACCAUUUUUUUGGUACUAACUAAACUAGUGUAAAACAUAACUAAAAGUAAUAAAAUUAUAAUUAAUU